UGCCAUUACGAUUUUAUGAUUUCAUUAGCUGACCAAAGGGAUAAUAGCUUCUUUCAGGAAAUCCAAAGAAUAUCAGCAGAUGGUUACGUUCCAACCUCCUUGGAAACCUGGCACCAUAACGGAGUGAUACUUGAGUGCCCGUUCUUCGUUGCUCUUGAAACGUCCCAAUUGAAUUUCGUUCCACUUGAGGCAUCCAACUUGGUACGCUACACAACCGCUAUGAUCUUCAUAGACCUUAGCCGCUUUGAAGACUACGAGCAAAUCAAAGAACGAUUGUGGGACCGGCUACGUGAGCAUAGUAACCCAGCUAUGGGGCCGCCCCAUAUAAUGGUUAUAUUUGGCAACAUAAGGAAAUUCAAGCAGAAGCUUUCCCGUACGCCAAUCAGCAAUUACCUACCGAAUUGCACAGGCGGCGAGAAUGCAAAAGAGGUUGUCCGGUCUCUCAUACAGAGUUACAAUUUACCCUACUACGGAAAUUACGUUGCAGCCAUUCCAUAUCUCUACGACUGUACGGAACCUCGGUCCGUCGAUGCUAUUAUCAAAUCUAUCGAGACAGAUCAUCCAAAUGUACAGAUCGACCCAUGUGUCAAACCUUCCUCGACGGCCUCCCGACUGGUAGAUGAAGAGGCUCCUGCGGUCACUGUUGCGAAGAGCAAAGAGUGGAUUCCGGGAAGCCUUGAUGAAAUGCUGCUAGCCUAGCUAAGCGGCAUUUCCUCACGUCUGCC